UCAUAACCAUGGCUGAACAUUUCAUUUUGUUGUCGGUUUUGCUGUCCCUACUUGCAUCUUCGGUUUUGGGUCAGGUGUUUUGGAGCGUAAAUUGUGGGGAAUCGGAGAUCUACACCGAUGGUAACCUAAUGGUUUGGACGCCCGAUGAAACUUUAGUUUCUAAUGGGUUUGCUCGAGUAGUUCAGUCAAGUAACUCGAUAUCUACCGUGUUAGACUCUCUUAGAGUUUUCACUACCCGAAAAAAGAACUGCUAUUCUACCCUGGUUACAAAAGGCGAAAAAGUGUUAGUUCGAGCAAGUUUCAAUUAUGGAAACUAUGACCGAUUGUCAAGUCCUCCAACAUUUGAUCUCCACUUUGAUGGCAACUUUUGGACAACUGUCGAGACUACGAAUAGCGGGCUACAAAUGUACGAAGCCACUUAUGUUACAAAAGGAGACACCGUUAGCGUGUGUGUGGCUCAAACAAAGUCCGGUCAAUUCCCUUUUAUGUCCGCACUCGAAGUCCGUAGUGUUGACUCUGAUGUUUAUAGUGUACUCGAUGAGAAUCGGGCUUUGUUCUUGAUCAACAGGGUUUCUUAUGGUGCAGCUAGAACCUUAAGAUUUCCGCAAGAUCCUUAUGACCGAAUAUGGAUACCCGCCCUUGGGGGAACCAAGGCGGUUACCAACGAUGCAAUUUUCGUUGACCCGACCGGAACCAAUAAUCCCCCAUCGGGGAUUUUUGAUAACGCGAUUGUAGCAGACAGUACAGCCGAGAGUUUGCUUUUGGCAACAGUUUCCCCAUCGAAUACUCUCGUCUAUAUAACAACAUACUUCUCUGAAGUAAACAACCUGGACAUUACUGGUGAAUCGAGGUCAUUUAGGUUUUACGAGACGACAACUUCAUCAAGUAGUUCAAUAUCAGAUCCAAUUUCACCACCUUAUGGGAGUAUGUUCGAACGCCACCUUUAUAAUUACUCGGUCGAUUCCAUCACCAACAUAUCUUUAAUAGCUACCACUACUUCUGAUCUCCCUCCUCUCAUAAACGCCAUUGAGGGAUUCAAUAUUAGUGGACUUUUAACUGAUGGGACUGAUAGCAACGAUGUCGAGGCUUUAUAUUUGUUACAAAACACAUUCGACGUGUUGGGAGAAUGGAGCGGUGACCCGUGUCUUCCCGCACCAUACUCAUGGGACUGGCUCAAUUGCAGCAAUGAGACACCACCUCGCAUUACCUCAUUGUUUCUUGAUGGCUUCGAGCUUUCGGGCGAACUUCCGGACAUUAGUUCCAUGGAUGCGCUCCAGACAAUUGACUUGCACAAUAAUAGCUUGGAUGGAGAAAUUCCAAGUUUCUUUGGUACCAUGACUAAUCUCCAACAACUGAAUUUGGCAGAUAAUGACUUUAGUGGACCCAUACCCACUUCGUUAUCAAAGAACAACAAACUGAAAUUAACUGUCACUGGAAACCCUUCUGUGUGUACAUCCGGUAAGUCAUGUUCGACUUCUCCGGGGACUGUGAAUUCAUCUCCGGGGAGCACCACCUUAACUCGCAGAAAGAAAAAGAAAAGCAGCAUGUUACCAGUAGUACUCGGCAUUACCAUCCCGAUAUUCUUUCUCAUUUGGGUAGCUGUGGGUGUGUUCGUCAUUUUGCGAAAGAAAAAGAAACCAGUAUUCAAGGCCAUUAAUAUUAUGCCAGUUGCUUCAGGGUAUACAGCCGGCGGAGCAAAUGGGAAUCCAAGUGGCGGAGCAAAUGGGAAUUCCGAUGAGUUGCAUAAAAACAGUGAAGAAGUGAUGAAUGAUGGGACACUGGAACAUGGGGUGCAAACACCUAUGGGAUCGCCUUCACCGUUACUUGAUAAUUCUGGUCAAACUAGCGAUAUGUAUGGACACACAGGAGUACAUAACCACGAUGAAUCGUAGAUCUUAAUGUCUUUUUAUUUCUAUAAUGUGGAAAUAGCAUUAUUCUGCUUGUUUUGGUGGUGUGUAAAUAGGGCAUAUAUGUGUGUUGUGGGAUUAUGAGGUCGUUUGUGUUUGA